AUGAAGCUGGGGACCAUUGCUAUUGUGCCCCUCUUGAUGGGGGCCGCGCUGGCGGCAGACGCAACCUCCAAGCCGAACUUCAUCAUCAUUCUUACUGACGACCAAGAUCUCAGAAUGGGCUCUAUGGAUCAUUUGCCAAAAGUAAAGAAGUAUUUGACAGAUGAGGGCAUGUAUUUCAACCAUCAUUAUGCUACGGUGGCUUUGUGCUGCCCAUCGAGAGCUAGCAUGUGGACAGGCAAAGCAGCACACAAUACAAAAAUCACCGAUCUGAAACCACCCUACGGCGGAUUCCCCAGAUUCAUCUCAGAGGGAUACAACAAAAAGUGGUUACCAGUGUGGCUUCAAGAAACUGGGUACAAGACUUACUUCACGGGCAAGCUGAUGAACCAACACAACAUCGAAAAUUACAAGAAUGGCUUGGAAGAUAUGGGCCUGGACGGGCAUGAUUUUAUGAUCGAGCCGGGGACUUACCAAUACGUGAACACCACCAUCCAACACAACAUGGAAAAGCCUGUAUCUCAUCCUGGGAAAUAUGCUACUGAUCUACUUGCGGAUUUGUCCACGGCCUGGAUCGACGAUGCUGCCGAGAAAAAAUCCCCUUUUUUCCUCGCCAUCAACCCGGUGAACCCGCAUAGCAAUUACGACUGGAAUAAUGGUAAACCGAGAUGGACCAAUCCUGUACCGGCAGAUCGACACAAAGACGAGUUUCAAGACGCAAUCGUUCCGCGUAAUACCAAAAACUUCAAUCCUGAUAGUCCGAGUGGCGCCAGUUGGGUUCACGGACUCGAUAAAUUGGAUGACGCAACACUCAAGGAUAAUGACAUCCACUAUCGCCGUCGGCUUCAGGCUCUGCAAGCUGUUGAUGAUUUGGUUGAGAAGACUAUUCAGCGACUUGAGCACCACAAAAUGCUUGACAACACUUAUAUCAUUUACACCUCGGACAAUGGCUUCCAUAUCAGCCAGCAUCGAUUGACUCCUGGUAAACGGUGUCCAUAUGAAGAAGAUGUCAAUGUUCCCCUCGUUAUUCGAGGCCCCAAGGUGCCCAAAGGCAAGACCGUGGAUUUCGUCACCUCUCAUCUGGAUAUUGCUCCUACAGUCGUCAACUGGGCCGGAGCAAAAGGACCUGGAGACUUUGACGGCGCGGUGAUCCCUGCAGAUGGCACACCCGGGUCGCAGGAACCCUGGGAGCACGUCCAAAUCGAGCACUGGGGACUUGUCUCAGAUAAAGACAACGUUCCCAAGAACUUGAUUGGGAAAGUGAACACGUACAAAGCAAUCCGAGUAAUUGGACCAAAGUACAACCUGUACUAUGCGGUUUGGUGUGAUGGGGACCAUGAGGUCUAUGAUAUGACGACCGACCCAUACCAGAUGAACAACUUGUACAAUUCAUCUCAGACUAUCCUGGGUGCUUCAAUGAAGAAGCUCGAGGACAGGCUAGACGCUCUAACGCUCGUCCUGAAAGCAUGCGCCGGUGACUCGUGCCGUCAGCCGUGGGAGCAACUACACAAGGGCGGCAAAGUGAAGACGCUUGUUGACGCCCUGAAACCGGAGUAUGAUGCUUUUUACAAGAAUCAAAACAAGGUCAAGUUCAGUCAGUGUGCGAAGUCGUACUUUGUGCAGAAUGAGUUGCCAAUCAAGUAUCAUACUUAUGGCAGUGAUGGUUCGAUUCAGGAUCGGGAUGUGGAUUGGUGGAUGCAGGCGGGCUGA